CAGAUGCCGGAGGAGACGCAGACGCAGGACCAGCCCAUGGAGGAGGAGGAGGUGGAGACGUUCGCCUUCCAGGCGGAGAUCGCGCAGCUCAUGUCCCUGAUCAUCAACACUUUCUACUCCAACAAAGAGAUCUUCCUGCGCGAGCUCAUCUCCAACUCGUCCGACGCGCUGGAUAAGAUCCGCUACGAGAGCCUGACGGACCCCAGCAAGCUGGACUCGGGGAAGGAGCUGCACAUCAACCUCCUCCCCAACAAGCAGGACCGCACGCUCACCAUCGUGGACACGGGCAUCGGCAUGACCAAGGCCGACCUCAUCAACAACCUGGGCACCAUCGCCAAGUCCGGCACCAAGGCCUUCAUGGAGGCGCUGCAGGCGGGCGCCGACAUCUCCAUGAUCGGCCAGUUCGGGGUCGGCUUCUACUCGGCCUACUUGGUGGCCGAGAAGGUGACGGUCAUCACCAAGCACAACGACGACGAGCAGUAUGCCUGGGAGUCGUCGGCCGGCGGCUCCUUCACCGUCCGGACUGACGUGGGUGAACCUAUGGGCCGGGGGACAAAGGUGAUUCUGCAUCUCAAAGAGGACCAGACCGAGUACCUGGAGGAAAGGAGGAUAAAGGAGAUCGUCAAGAAACACUCCCAGUUCAUCGGCUACCCCAUUACGCUCUUCGUGGAGAAGGAACGUGACAAAGAGGUCAGUGAUGAUGAGGCUGAGGAGAAAGAAGACAAAGAGGAGGAGAAGGAGGAGGAGGAAAAGGAGUCGGACGACAAGCCCGAGAUCGAAGAUGUUGGCUCUGAUGAGGAGGAGGAGGAAAAGAAGGAAGGCGACAAGAAGAAGAGGAAGAAGAUCAAGGAGAAGUACAUUGAUCAAGAAGAGCUGAACAAAACGAAGCCGAUUUGGACCAGGAACCCAGAUGACAUCACCAACGAGGAGUACGGCGAGUUCUACAAGAGCCUGACCAACGACUGGGAGGACCACCUGGCAGUCAAGCACUUCUCCGUCGAAGGCCAGUUGGAGUUCAGAGCCCUGCUUUUCGUCCCGAGACGCGCGCCCUUUGACCUUUUUGAAAACCGGAAGAAAAAGAACAACAUUAAGUUGUACGUUCGCAGAGUUUUCAUCAUGGAUAACUGCGAAGAGCUGAUCCCUGAGUAUCUGAAUUUUAUUAGAGGUGUGGUGGAUUCCGAGGAUCUCCCUUUAAAUAUUUCCCGGGAGAUGCUGCAACAAAGCAAAAUUUUGAAAGUUAUUAGGAAGAAUCUGGUUAAAAAAUGCUUGGAACUCUUCACUGAACUCGCAGAAGAUAAGGAAAACUACAAAAAGUUUUAUGAACAAUUCUCUAAAAAUAUUAAGCUUGGAAUCCAUGAAGAUUCUCAGAACAGGAAGAAGCUCUCGGAGCUGCUGAGAUACUACACCUCUGCUUCUGGUGACGAGAUGGUUUCUCUCAAGGAUUACUGCACAAGAAUGAAGGAAAAUCAGAAACACAUCUACUACAUCACAGGUGAGACCAAGGACCAAGUGGCCAACUCCGCGUUUGUGGAGCGGCUCCGGAAGCAUGGCCUGGAGGUGAUCUAUAUGAUCGAGCCCAUCGACGAGUACUGCGUCCAACAGCUCAAGGAGUUUGAGGGCAAAACCCUGGUGUCUGUCACGAAAGAGGGCUUGGAGCUUCCAGAAGACGAAGAGGAGAAAAAGAAGCAGGAGGAGAAGAAGACAAAGUUUGAAAAUCUUUGCAAAAUCAUGAAGGACAUCUUGGAGAAGAAAGUGGAAAAGGUGGUCGUCUCCAACCGACUGGUGACAUCCCCGUGCUGCAUUGUCACGAGCACGUACGGCUGGACGGCGAACAUGGAACGGAUCAUGAAAGCUCAGGCCCUGAGAGACAACUCCACCAUGGGCUACAUGGCGGCCAAAAAGCACCUGGAGAUCAACCCCGACCACUCGAUCAUCGAGACCCUGCGGCAGAAGGCCGAGGCCGACAAGAACGACAAGUCUGUGAAGGACCUGGUGAUCCUGCUCUACGAGACGGCGCUGCUGUCCUCGGGCUUCAGCCUGGAGGACCCCCAGACCCACGCCAACAGGAUCUACAGGAUGAUCAAGCUCGGGCUCGGUAUCGAUGAAGAUGAGCCCGCUGCCGACGAGAGCAGCCCCGCGGUCACCGAGGAGAUGCCCCCGCUCGAGGGGGACGAUGACAGCUCCCGCAUGGAGGAAGUGGACUGAGGCCGCCCGCCGCACUCUGGUCCCCCCCUCCCUCCCACCAUAGAUCUUCAAUGACUUUUCUUUAUUUUUGUUAAAAUUUAAAAAAACUGUACGGCAUGACAUAACUACUUAGGGAGAAGCUAAGAUUUCUUUCUACUUCUAAGUGAUCCCGUGAUGCAUCCGCUGCUAGAGCAGAGCUAGUCCCUUUAGAGUUUUGUGUUGGCUUGUUUUAAGAGAUCGUUGUAAGAUGUA